AAAAUGGUGACUUUGCUAUAGCAUUUAUUUAAUUGUUCCAUGACGCGUGUGUUGUGUUACAAUUUAUAAACUAUUUUUUCUAUUUAUUUUCAUACAAAAAAAAAUCUAAAUAACACAAUUUUUUUGUGAAUUUGAUUUCUAGUUUUUUGUGUAAUUGUUUUCUUUUUUUGGGGUGCAAAAUGUCAAUUGGAGUGCCAAUAAAAGUUCUUCACGAAGCCGAGGGCCAUAUCGUGACAUGCGAGACAAACACCGGCGAGGUUUAUCGUGGUAAAUUAAUUGAAGCCGAGGACAAUAUGAAUUGUCAAAUGCAAAAUAUCACCGUCACAUAUCGUGAUGGUCGUACGGCACAACUUGAAAAUGUUUAUAUUCGCGGUUCAAAAAUGCGUUUUCUAAUAUUACCUGACAUGUUGAAAAAUGCUCCAAUGUUUAAAAGACCUGGUGGUAAGGGCUCGGGGACAGCAGGACGUGGAAAAUCUGCUAUUUUACGUGCUCAAGCGAGAGGAAGAGGUCGGGGUCAAAGUCAAAGAGGCAGAGGAACCGGAACUGCUCCUUGGUUGAAUCAACAAAAUCAAACGGGAGCUCCACAACCCGGAAGGGGAAGAGGAUAAAUGAUAUUUAGCUUGCAGUACUACAAGGGAACUUAUCGACUUUUUACCAGAAUACAAUUAUUGUAUUUUUCUUUUCUUUAAUUAACAAAACUCGAUGAAUUUUUUGUUUGAUGCUGUGCAUGAUGGCGAAAAAUUAGGAAAAAAACACCUUAAUUAUUGUAUUCAAAGUAUUAUUAUAUGAAUUUUAGUUUAUUUUGUAAUUAGAAAUUCCUUGUUUUCUUUGUAUACUUCAAAAUGUGAAAGAGGAAAAACACUACUUUUUUAAGGCCAAAGUAAUAAAAGAAAUACAUUUAUAAAAA